GAAGCUGCUUCUUAUGCUAAUGCUCUACAGAACCAAAACCUUCAAGCCUCCCAGCAGCAGCCAGCUUAUCCCAACGACUUUUGGCAGCAGCUUUUGAGUACUUUGGGUCAGAUAAAGAGUAAUACACAGUAUUUGAAUACUUUGGGUCAGAUUCAGAGUAAUACAGACCAAAUGGUCAAACUCUUGACCGAUGGACAUGGAUUUGGACCACAUCUUUCUGCUGCGCGAUCCUCCAAGAGACAGCGAGUUGGAGAGGCAGAAGAGAGAGGUAAAAAUGAAGAAGCAGAGAAGCUGCAGAAGAAAGAGGAAGCUGACGAUAAUGAAGCAGAGAAGCCGCAGGAGAAUGAGAGAGCUGGCGAUGAAGAAGCAGAGAAGCUGCAGGAGAAUGAGAGAGGUGACAAUGAAGAAGCAGAGAAGCUGCAGGAGAAAGAGGAAGGUAACGAUGGAGAAGCAGAGAAGCUUCAGGAUUAGAUCUGCCACAAAAAAACGCAUGGAAAAGUUCUCACGUAAGCAUAGUUAUUGAUUAACAGAACAUAUUGCAAAGACACAUUACUUUCUUAUUGUCAUCCUAGACACUACUACUAGGUACU